AUAAAAACUCCCAUUGAUCAUUGAUCAUUGACUACAACUUUCUCAAGUCGUCUCCUUCAAAAUCAUUCUCUACAAACCUCUCUAUAUCUCCAUGGAUGCACCCCGAGGCAGCGACGGUGGACUACGUAGAGUGGCGGUGGUCGGUGGUGGCAUCGCUGGGUCUCUGAUUGCCAAAUCCCUCCAGUUUUUCGCUCACGUCACUCUCAUUGAUCCAAAAGAGUAUUUGGAGAUUCCUUAUGGAAGUUUGAGGUCAACGGUGGAGCCUUGUUUUGCAGAGCGAAUGUUGAUUGAUCAUUCCCAUUAUUUUACUAAUGGGCGUUUGAUAACUUCCCCGGCUGUGGAUGUAACAGAAUCUCAAGUCUUGGUUGCUGAUGGACGACAUGUCGUCUUUGACUUUCUUGUUGUCGCCACUGGCCACCAUGAUUUUACCCUUCCCACAACUAGAACUCAACGUCUUCAUCAAUACACAGAAGAAAAUGAAAAGAUCAGAAGAGCCAAGUCCAUAUUAAUCAUUGGAGGUGGACCGACGGGCGUCGAACUGGCCGGAGAGAUCGCCACGGAGUUUCCUGACAAGGCGAUCACUCUAGUUCAUGACGGACCAAGGUUGCUGGAAUUCAUCGGACCAAAGGCCUCAAACAAAGCUUUUAGAUGGAUGAUAUCCAAAAGGGUGGAUGUAAAAUUGGAACAAACAAUCGACCUAAACAACAUGUCGGAUGAAAUCACGAGCUUUCGAAGCUCGAAGGGGGAGAUCAUCAGAGCCGACUGCUAUUUUGUAUGCACUGGAAAACCAGUAGCCUCAGCUUGGCUUCACAAAAGCAUCUUGAAAAGCUCUUUGGAUAGCCAUGGAAGAUUGAUGGUGGACGGAUAUCUGAGAGUUAAAGGCCGACAUAAUAUCUUUGCCAUUGGAGACAUCACUGAUAUUCGAGAAAGUAAGCAAGGGGAAUCAGCAAAGAGACAGGCAAAGGUAGCUGCAAAGAACAUGAAGAGGCUAAUGGUUGGAAAAGAGAGUAAAAUGGAGAGUUAUGUGGCUCAAUCUCCACCCACAGCCAUGGUUUCAUUGGGGAAGAAACAAGCAAUUGCCCAAUUUUCUUUCACAACUAUGUCAGGAAUUUUCCCUGCUUUUAUCAAAUCUAGAGAUCUCUUUGUGGGUAAAGCAAGGAAGCAUUUAGGCCUACACCCUACUUUACUAGAUUAAUUCACCAUUUUCUUCUCUAAUUUCUUCACUCCAAUUU